AUCUAUUCGUCAUUAAUGCUUAAGAAGUGGUGUAAAAUUUUUGUUAUUUAUAGGUUAAGGCGUUAGGUAAUCGAAAUUACUGCAUUGCAAUGCAUUAUUUUUCGAUACAGUCAUGAUACUGUUAUUUAUAUUUAUAAUUUCCUUAAAUAUAUUUUGCUCGAUUUUCUGUGAUGAUUACCGCAUACAAUUUGUUGCGUAUUAACAAAUUUUAUCUUUUAUUAGACGUGACCUAGGAAGUGAUACUAAAAUUAUCAAAUGUUUUUUGCAUUAAAAUAUAUUUAAAUGCCCGAUGGAAACAAGUUUAAUUCAUAAUAAUUACAAGCCGUUCACUAUUACGAAGGCAAAGAACACUAUACACCCACAAUGAUAUUGCAUGUUUAACAAUCAGCAAAAGAAUUUUUCCAUUUCAACCAAGCAGAACUUCUAUAAAAAUUUGUUUAAUACUGUCAAAACAAUGAUGUUUUUAAAUAUAAUAUACGCAUUUUGGCAUUUAUCACAUUUAGCUGAUAUUGCCCCAGCUUACUGUUUUAUAAAUUUAAAGAGAAAAUGGAAAUUUUUAUUAGGUUAAAUUACAGUUGAAUUUUUCUGGAACUAGUUAUUGGAGAUCAUGUAAACUGUAUAUCAUAUAGUUUUAGAAUAAAUAAAAGAGCAACAUUACAUAUUAUAAGAUGGAUUUAGUAACACCUCGAAAUGUUCACUACAAUGCUUUCUAUAAAAGGAGUUUUGCUUAUUAUACUAUGAAAGAAAGGAUCCCUGUUAUAUUAACUCAGUUGAUUGAUAAUUUAGUAAGAAAUAAAGACAAAAUUAUUAGUGAGUAUGGACAGGGAGCAGGGGAGGAGCUUAAAAUUGUAAUUGGUGAAAUAUCGAAAAUAAAGUAUGAAGUCCAAACUAAUAAACCCUUGCAAGAAAUAGUUUCUUCUGCACCAGAUAUUAAAAUUUAUAAUGACUAUUUAGCAAAACAAGCUACUGAUGAUGGAUGGCCCACAUAUUUUAAUUGCGUAUGGCUAUUAGCUGAAUGUUACAUUUACAGAAAGUUGUAUGACAUUUUUGAGAAGACGAAUACUCUAAAGGAUUUUGACCUGUUUAGAUAUCAAAAAGAACUGGCUUUAAUAGAUUCUAUUGAUUCAAUUAUUUUUAUGUGUAAAUCAUUAUCUGACAUGCUACUAAAUGAAAAAGCGUUGUAUCCUGUGAAAGAUAUGUUUAUUCAUCUUUUAAAGCUAAAUUUGUGGGGAAACAGACAAGAUCUGUCUAUUACAAACGGAGUUGUCAAUCAUGUUACAGGAGAUCCAAUGAGUAAUUUAGAAAAUCUAGAGUCUUACAUUAUAUCAGACCACAGUGAAGAUAUUUGGUCAGCAAUAUCAGAUCCAGCUGCUACAUCACAAAUAGUUGAUAUCGUUCUGGAUAAUGCUGCAUACGAAUUAUAUUUUGAUUUUUGUUUAGCUGAUUAUUUAUUAAAGAAUAAUCUAGCAAGUAAAGUCCGGUUUUAUGUUAAAAAUAUGCCAUGGUUUAUAUCUGAUGCCAUGACACGCGACGUAAAUUGGCAAAUAAAGCAGCUUAGAAAACACAGUAACAAAUAUGUGUCGCUGUUUGGACAACAAUGGGAUAAACAUUUCAAAGAUGGCUCGUGGACGGUGGAAGUAGAAGAUUUUUGGACAUACCCUUUGGAUUAUAGUUACAUGAAGUGUUUAGAUAAUAAAUUGUAUAGAAAGUUAGCAGAAGCCAAGUUAAUAAUCUUUAAGGGUGAUUUGAACUACAGAAAGUUGUUCGGGGAACGUAACUGGGAUCCAAUAACGCCCAUAGAAAAGGCUCUUCAAGGUUUUCACCCAUCAAAGUUAUGUACUUUAAGGACCGUUAAAUGCGAUAUUGUUUGUGGACUACGAGAUGGGUUAGUGGAGGAACUUGAAGCUAAAAAUGCACAAUGGUCAUACAAGGGAGAUUACGGAAUGAUACAAUUUUGUGAGAAAGUGGAGCAAUAAAAUUUUCAUUUUUAAGACCACAGUAGGAAAGAAUCUAGUACAAUUUUUAAGUGGAAUUUUAUAAAAUUUCUUUGUUAUGUUUAUUAUUUUAUAAAGUUAAAGUCGAAUAACAGAAUCGAAGUUUAUUAUUAUUUGUCAAUAUUCUAACCACUUAUUUGAGUCAAUUCAGCGAAAUUUUCUACAUUUACAGUGUUAUGGCGUCUAUCCCCCAACAGGAAUUGAUAACAAAAUAUUAAUUCAUGUUUUUGACAUUCAAUCCUUAUCGAAGAAAAUCUAUUGCGAUCUCAUUCCUAUGUUAUAUAGGAUAUAUAUUAAGUAACAAAAUUGAUUGUACUAUGGUUUUAAAUAAAAUCAACUUUUUUAUUCCAA